AUAUUCCAUCGCCAUUACCGACCUUUCAAUCCCUUCAUAUUCCUUCCUUUCCAUCUUUCUCUCUCAUCCUCUCAAGAAAAACCCAACCCCUAAACCAAAUCUUCUCGUUCUUAUCAUCUCCCUUUGAAUCUCUCCGGGGAUUUUUUCUUCUUUUGUUUGAGGAUCCGAUCGGAAGCUAUGGCUCAGAGAACCGAGAAGGAGGAGACGGAGUUCAAAGUUCCCGAGACGAUCACGCUCUGCGUCAACAACUGCGGCCUUACAGGGAAUCCAACCACGAACAAUAUGUGUCAGAAGUGUUUUAAUGCCACGACCGCCACCGCAUCUAUGGCCAUCAAGUUUUCCGGUGAGAAAAGUCCGAGAUCUACUACUUCUCGCUCGCCUGAGAAAUUUCGCUUCGUUUCAGAGUCUAGGAGGAUUAUAACGGCGGCUGAUCGUCCCAAGCCUGACGAAUCCGCAAAACGAGAGGUGAAUCGUUGUUCUGGAUGUAGAAAACGCGUUGGAUUGACUGGAUUUAGAUGCCGAUGUGGUGACUUGUUCUGUGCGGAGCAUCGGUAUUCAGAUCGUCAUGAUUGUAGCUUCGAUUAUAAAGCGGCAGGUCGUGAGGCAAUCGCGAGGGAGAAUCCGGUGGUGAAAGCGGCGAAGAUCGUUAGAGUUUAAAUUCGUAGAUCGAUUGAUUACUAAAAAAGAAAAAGAGAAAAAAGAAUCCGAUGAUGAUGAAAUCUGUGCAAAAAAACCUUUGAGCUGAUUGUUAAAAAUUUUUCUUCAGAGUAUUGAGGAUUAAUUCCUCGAAAUAUCCUCUCAAUCAAAAAAAUUGAGAGAAGGAGAAAAAAAAAAUGGUUGAUGAAGAUGAUGAUGGUUGUGUUUUCUCAGAUAAUUAUGUUCUUAAUUUUAAUUUUAAUUUUAAUUUAUUAUUAUUAUUAUUAUAAAUUUUUUUGGUUUAAUCGAAAACGAAAAGAGAAGAUUAUCGAUUACUUGUUUGUGUUUGAAAAUGCCGAUGGCAUGUGAUGUAAAUUGGAGAAACUCUCGGGGUUUAAUUGGCAGCUUGAAAACCUUUCUAGUUUCCACCACCCGAAGAAACAAAAGAAAAGGAUGUAUUUAUUUAUUAUUAUUAUUAUUAUUCGAAUUUCAUUU